AUGGCCGCAAGAUCGGCAUCCCGCGAUUCGAACCCUCCCAUGCCCUUCACCGGCGACGCUGACAAGGGUAAAUCCGGCCGAGAUCUUUCACCAGUAUUUCCACUUCUCAACAACGACGAAACUGCGAAGGCUCUAUCCUCCGAUGCUGCGAUGCAAAACCGUGCCGGCGAAGAUGACGUCGAUGAAGAACCCGCGGUCGCAAAGCCCUUUGUCAGAACGUCAAGUCCUGACUCUGCAGCCCGGGCCGCGGACGUCUACGAUGAAAAGGGUCCCGAUCGCCUCGAUCACAAGAUGCAUAAAUUCAGCCUGUAUGAGACUGCCACGCGGUACUACAUUGUUGGGGGAGACGUGACGGAGAAGCGGUACCGCAUUCUCAAGAUUGAGAGAACAACCGACGACUCGGAGCUCAGCAUUACGGACGACAAGAUCAUCUAUAGUCAAAAGGAGAUGAAUCAGCUGUUGGAUACGAUCGACGAUGGCAACAAAGGCACGGGUGGCAUCAAGCUGCGAUGUACUGCUUGGGGCUUGCUGGGUUUCAUCAAGUUCACUGGACCCUACUACAUGCUCCUCAUCACGAAAAAGAGCACAGUGGCCAUGAUUGGGGGACACUAUAUCUACCAAGUCGAUGGUACCGAGCUGGUGCCGCUGACGCCAAAUCGAUUCAAGGCCGACGUGCGCAAUACCGAAGAGUCCCGAUUCUUGGGCAUACUGAACAACCUAGAUCUCACCAGGUCGUUCUAUUACAGCUAUUCGUACGACAUCACACGUACACUUCAGCAUAACCUGACGAGGGAGCGCGAAGCGCUUGCGCGUGGGCUUCCAGGGACUAUGGAUGACUUUAAUGGCAUGUUUGUUUGGAACAGCCAUCUGCUGCAACCGGCCAUGAAAGCACUGAAGGAUCCCUUCGACUGGUGCCAUCCCAUCAUCCACGGCUAUAUUGACCAAGCUGCCUUAUCGAUCUACGGGCGCACUGCGUAUAUUACUAUCAUUGCUCGGCGAUCUCGUUUCUUUGCUGGUGCAAGGUUUCUCAAACGAGGGGCCAACGACCUCGGUUACGUUGCAAACGAUGUCGAGACGGAGCAAGUAGUUUCAGAAGCCCUGACAACUUCGUUCCAUGCCCCAGGACACAGGUUAUUCUCCAGCCCGCAGUACACCUCCUAUGUUCAGCACCGGGGAAGCAUUCCCCUGUAUUGGACACAGGAUAACACGGGCGUGACACCAAAACCCCCUAUCGAGUUAAACCUCGUAGAUCCAUUCUACAGUGCCGCCGCUCUUCAUUUCGAUAACCUUUUCGAGCGCUACGGCGCUCCCAUUUACGUGCUGAAUCUCGUCAAAGCGAGGGAACGGACGCCGCGAGAAUCCAAACUACUACUGGAGUAUACAAAUGCAAUCAACUACCUGAACCAGUUCUUACCAGAAGGUCGCAAAAUCAUUCACAAGGCGUGGGACAUGAGCCGAGCGGCGAAGAGUCGUGACCAGGACGUUAUAGGUACACUGGAGCGCAUUGCCGAGGAUGUCGUCACCACAACCGGAUUCUUCCACGAUGGCGACGGCAAGGUGUACCCUACCAGCGUUCAAAACGGCGUGGCCCGAACCAACUGUAUAGACUGUCUUGACCGAACCAACGCCGCACAAUUCGUUAUUGGAAAGAGGGCCCUAGGCCACCAGCUUCAUGCACUCGGCAUUCUCGAAGACACCUCCAUCAACUACGACACAGACGCCGUUAAUCUUUUCACCCACAUGUAUCACGAUCACGGUGACACUAUUGCUGUGCAAUAUGGCGGCUCCCAGCUUGUCAAUACCAUGGAGACAUACCGCAAGAUCAAUCAGUGGACGAGUCACUCUCGCGACAUGAUUGAGAGCUUCAAGAGGUAUUACAACAACUCUUUCCUAGAUGGGCAACGCCAAGAGGCGUACAACCUCUUCCUCGGCAACUACAUAUUUGCUCAAGGGCAGCCAAUGCUAUGGGACCUUGCGACUGACUACUACCUUCAUCAUGCGGACCCGCGAGCUUGGUCCGAAAAGACGAAGCGAAACUACAUCAAUUGGUAUACUGCAGACAACUUGCAGGAAAGAAGUUUUCCGCCUUACAUGCCACCCCCAGGCGAAGCAAAGAACAAGCCAGUGUCUCAUUUCGAUGAUUACUGGGUUGAAUACUAUCGCCCAUCCACACUCUCGUCAUUUCUGAAAAUGUUUCCCUACAAAAUGAACUCAACCAUCAAGUACAUACCCUUCAAAUCCACGCAAGAUGGACGGUAUGACCUGAGUCCUUUCCGGGUUCGCAACGAGACGGAUAUGGACGCCCACGAGAAGAAGAAGCCCAAGAAAGAGGUGACAAUCGUCGAUCCGCAAGACUUGAAGUCCCCUCGGGACAUUGACGCUGCAUCGGUCAUGUCAGACCGUACGGCAGGUGGGAAGGGGAUUUCCAUCCACCGCUGGCUGCAGCCAAUGCAAGACAGAGUGACUGGACACCAUGGAAUCAUGAAAGAGACCCAUGCAGAACCCCAAGAUCCGUCAAAGAUCAAGCCCACGGCCCAGGAGAAGACUAAAGCGGCUCAGUGGACCUUCACGAAGGCCGUUAGUGAGUCCCUUAAUCCAUCUGUCAGCCAGCAAGAGGCCGAGGACUAUGAGCGGUACAUCAGCCAUCCCCAAAACCUGCCGCUGGUAGUGUCUGCCGAGACGAUCCAGGCAGAAAACCAAUCCGAGUACCAGCACUAUGUCCAGAGCAGUGAGCAAAGUGACGCAAUAACGCCUGUAGGCACUGAGGAGGAUAUUGCUGUAUACGCGGAGCUCCUCAAGGUUGGCAGCAAUCCUCUUACCGUCACCGAGGAAGAUGCUCAGAAGAAGCGAUACAAGGCCUAUAGGAAAUGGCUUCGGGGCAAGUCGUUCUUCAAGCAGCAGCCACUUGAUUGA